AAGAUCUAAACCCUCUCGCUGCCGUUAACCGGCCAAAACCUUCUCCUUCUCUCCUUAGCCCUAAGCUCUGCCGACGGAGCUCUCCACCGACUACUAUAAAUACCAGCCGGCGCGAGCCGAGUCCAGGACGUAGAAAGAGACGAAGAGAAGAAAGAAAGGAGCAAGAGAGGAAAGAACCCAUCAAGCCCGGAGAUUUCGCACGACUCCAAGAAAAACCCCAGCAUUCUCCACCUUGCUAGGGUUUCCGCGUUCCGAACCCGGGAGCUGCCCGAAAUUGGCGAAAUCUCGCGUUUCCGCCGGCAAAGGAAGACAGGGGGUUCAGCAUUGCUUUGAAGAUGUUCGCAUUCGGUGGAUUUUUUAGGUCUAACCGUUUCUUAAGGAGAUUGCCUUCUCCUGAGGCUAUAGAAUUCAUGGCGUCGUCGACCUGGUAGUUCUACAGUACAUCUUGAAGUGGAGAGCAAGGCAAGAUACGGCAUGGGCAACGAAAAUCUUGAGGCCGAGGCGGCCAAGAAGCGAUCGGAUGUGGUAGUGUGGCUGAACAGCUUGUUCCCAGACUUAAAUAUGACUAAGGAAGCCUCAGAAGAGGACCUGAGAGCACGGUUAUUUGAUGGCACUGUUCUAUGUCGCAUUCUGAACAGGCUGAAUCCCAGUUUACUGAGUCCACGAGGGGUUUAUGUUUCCUCGGAGCAGCGGCUGACUGAUGUCAAGAAGUUUCUUUUGGCUAUGGACGAAAUGGGACUGCCAAGUUUCAAAGUUAUGGACCUGGAGCAGGGAUCUAUCUCUGCAGUUGUGGAGUGUCUUCUGUACCUUAGGGAUCACAUAAAUUCUGAACCUGGAGAAGAUGGUAUUCAUGACAUGGGCAAGCCUGGAAGCCAGUUGAGGAAGAGAUGGAGACUUCCAGAAGGUGAUUGGGCAGCUGCUUUUGAAAACCGUAUUCAAUGUGGCCAAAAUUCUAAGGUUUUUGGAGAGGGGGGGAGGAACUUUGCAGAAACAAACUUGCAGCAUGUUUGGGAAAGCCCUGUUAUAUCAGAUCCAUCAGCUGCAUUGUCACAUCAGGUCAGGGAUAAGUUCUAUGAGGUGUUUCAAUUAAAACAUGGGCAUUAUUCUGAUCAUUCCGCUCGUAAGAUUUCAGAAAUGAUGAAAUCGAACAGUUUAGAAAAUGCCCCAACCCUGUCACUUUUUAGUGUCAUCAAUGGGAUUCUUGAUGAAAGCAUUGAUAGGAAGAAUGGGGAAACACCUCAUCGUGUAGCAUUAAUAUUAAGAAAAGUUGUGCAAGAGAUUGAACGGCGUGUUGCAACUCAAUCAGAGCAUAUAAUAAAUCAAAAUAAUCUUAUUAAGGCAUGGGAGGAGAAGUAUCAAUCAAGAAUCAGAGUGCUGGAAACACUAGCAAAUGGGACAAAUGAAGAAACUCUGAUUGUUAUGAACCAGCUCAAGCUGAUGAAGAUAAAGAAGUCAAAAGUCGAAGAGAAAAUGAAACUUCAAGAGCACGAUGUAGUUAGGCUGACGAAGGAGAAUGAAAAUAAAGAUCAGACCGUUGCAGAACUUAAGCAGGAACUGGAGAUGACAAAUAAAAUGUAUGAACAUCGUUGUCAGCAAUUGGAGAGCAAGGCAAAGGAAACUAAAUUGCACAUAGAUGAGAGGAUAAAGCAGGUUGAAUUCCUUCUAGCAGAGUCAAAGAAGAAGAUAAAAGAACUUGAGUCAGCUUCCGAAUCAACACUUCAAAACUGGAGCAAGAAGGAACACAUCUUCCAGAAUUUCAUAGGUUUUCAACUUCAGUCAGUGCAGGAUUUGAGAAGGGCGUCACAUUCUAUCAAACAUCAAGUCAUGAAUUCUCAAAGAAGAUGGUGGGAAGAAAUAUCAAACAUGGGGCUAAAGCUGAAAGUAUUAGUAGAUGCUGCUGAAAAUUAUCAUACAAUUCUUGCAGAAAAUCAGAGACUGUACAAUGAGGUUCAGGAAUUGAAAGGAAACAUCAGAGUAUAUUGUCGCAUUAGGCCAUUCCUUCCUGGUCAAAAUAAAAGGUCAACAACCAUAGAUUUCAUUGGUGAGAACGGUGAGCUUCUUAUUGCAAAUCCCUCCAAACAAGGCAAAGAUGGGCAUCGAAUGUUCAAGUUUAACAAGGUCUACAGUCCAGCCGCUACUCAAGCUGAAGUGUUCUUGGACAUUCAACCCCUAAUACGGUCAGUUCUUGAUGGCUACAAUGUGUGCAUCUUUGCAUAUGGUCAAACUGGUUCGGGGAAAACCUACACCAUGACUGGACCUAAUUCAGUGUCAAAAGAGUAUUGGGGGGUCAACUAUCGAGCUCUGAAUGACCUUUUUGACAUCUCCCGGAAUAGGAGAAGCACUUUUUCAUAUGAAGUAGGAGUUCAGAUGGUUGAAAUAUACAACGAACAAGUGCGUGAUCUCCUCUCAAAUGAUGGUUCACAAAAGAGACUUGGGAUCUGGAGUACUUCCCAACCCAAUGGACUUGCAGUUCCAGAAGCAAGCAUGCUCUCUGUAAAAUCAACAUCGGAUGUCCUGGAGUUGAUGCAAAUUGGACAAGCUAAUAGGGCUGUGGGUUCAACUGCUUUGAAUGAAAGAAGUAGCCGGUCUCACAGUGUUCUGACCGUUCAUGUUCGAGGUGUGGAAUUAAAGACCGGAUCAACUUUGCGGGGUUGUCUUCAUUUGAUAGAUCUUGCUGGAAGUGAGAGAGUGGAACGCUCUGAAGCAACUGGAGACAGGCUCAAGGAAGCAAUGCAUAUUAACAAAUCUCUUUCUGCACUAGGAGAUGUCAUAUUUGCUUUAGCUCAAAAAAGUCCUCAUGUUCCAUAUAGAAACAGCAAACUUACGCAAGUCCUUCAAAGUUCCUUAGGUGGACAAGCUAAGACACUCAUGUUUGUGCAGAUAAAUCCAGAUGUUGAAUCAUUUUCAGAGACUAUAAGUACCCUGAAGUUUGCUGAAAGGGUAUCUGGAGUCGAGUUAGGUGCUGCGCGGAGCAACAAAGAGGGCAAGGAUGUGAAAGAUUUAAUGGAACAGGUGGCAUAUCUUAAAGACACAAUAGCAAGAAAAGAUGAGGAAAUUGAACAGUUGCAGCUGCUCAAAGAUCUUAGAACACGGUCCAAUGCAAAUAGUGAGAGAUAUGGCAAUAACUUAUUAUGUCACUCUUCUUCCACUCCUGGCAUUCUGUCGCUAGGUGGGACCGACCAACAGGGUCAGCGAUUGUCAGAUUCAGAAGAAAGAUUAAGUGACAUAUCUGAUGGUGGUCUAUCAAUGGGAGCAGAAAUCGACUGUUCUAUAAACUCUGCCAUCGAGUCAACUCUAUUCCCUGAGGUGGGCAAACCAGCAGAGGUCAAAACAGAGAAGAUUCAUAAAGUCCCAUCACGAAUACCAAGAUCACUUCCAAUGAAGGGUGGACAAGCAACAAUGUCACAAUCAAAAUUGAAGGAUCCUUCAAAGUCUCCAAGUACCAAGAAAGCCACAACCAGCCAGGCAACAGCAUCAUUGGCUAUGCUGCCAAAACAUCUGCUCUAGAGCAAGAUCUUUUGCUAUAACUUGUUUUUUGUAAUACUAGAGUUUCAUUAAAUUUACAGUGCUGUAGCUAAAGCAGACGUCAACAGCGACCCUGACGUGUUUUAGUUAUAGCUCAGAAAUUUGCCAUGCCUAGUAGCAACUGCACUGGUGGAAGCAUGUAAUAUAUGUAAAUCAUCACUAUUUAUUAAUCAGUUAUAACCUGUGGGCAUCUCUUCCUGUUUUAGCAAAA